AUUGUAUUAGCGUUGCUACCCGUGUCAUUUAGCACCAGAUUGCCCACCACAUUAUCACAGUCACACUAUAAGUCACUGAUCACCACCAUUACUAUGACACAUGGGUGGACUGACAACUCAUGGGGCCCCCGGGCAAUAGGGGAUCAUGGGGCCCCUGUGUCCUUGCCCACACUCAAAAACGCCUAUGAAAAAGGGUACUAGGGGCAUCUCUUGGGGACCCCUACUGACCCCGGGCCCUCGGGCAGUGCCCAAGUUUCCAAAUGGUCAGUCCGCCCC